CGUGCUCGGCGCGGCCCGGGCGCCGCCAUGAGCGUGCCGGCCUUCAUCGACAUCACCGAGGAGGACCAGGCGGCGGAGCUGCGGGCCUACCUGAAGGGCAAGGGCGCGGAGGUGUCGGAGGAGAACGCGGAGGGCGGCCUGCACGUGGACCUGCGCGACAUCAUCGAGGCGUGCGACGUGUGCCUCCGGGAGGACGACAAAGAUGUYGAGAGUGUAAUGAACAGUGUAGUCUCCUUGCUGCUUAUCCUGGAGCCUGAGAAACAAGAAAGUCUAAUUGAAAACCUGUGUGAGAAGUUGGUAAAAUUUCGGGAAGGAGAGCGCCCYUCUCUCAGACUGCAGCUGCUGAGCAAUCUCUUCCACGGAAUGGAUAAGAACACUCCGGUGAGGUACACGGUGUACUGCAGCCUCCUGAAAGUGGCCUCCUCGUGCGGCGCCAUCCAGUACAUUCCAACGGAGCUGGACCAGGUCCGAAAGUGGAUUUCUGAUUGGAAUCUCAGCACAGAGAAGAAGCAUACACUUCUGAGAUUGCUGUAUGAUGUCCUAGUGGACUGCAAAAAGAGUGACAGUGCAGCAAAAGUAAUGGUGGAACUGUUGGGAAGCUACACAGAGGACAAUGCUUCCCAGGCUCGAGUUGAUGCUCACAGAUGUAUUGUUCGAGCGUUGAAGGAUCCAAAUACUUUUCUCUUUGAUCAUCUUCUUGCCUUAAAACCAGUCAAAUUUUUGGAAGGAGAACUUAUUCACGAUCUUUUGACAAUUUUUGUAAGUGCUAAACUAGCAUCCUAUGUCAAGUUUUAUCAGAACAAUAAAGACUUCAUUGACUCUCUUGGGUUGUUGCAUGAACAGAAUAUGGCCAAAAUGAGGCUACUUACAUUCAUGGGAAUGGCUGUCGAAAACAAAGAAAUAUCAUUUGACACAAUGCAACAGGAACUUCAGAUUGGUGCUGAUGAUGUGGAAGCAUUUGUUAUUGAUGCUGUAAAGACAAAGAUGGUGUAUUGCAAAAUAGAUCAGACACAGAGAAAAGUAGUUGUCAGUCACAGCACACAUCGGACUUUUGGAAAGCAGCAGUGGCAACAACUAUAUGACACUCUAAACACCUGGAAACAAAAUUUGAAUCAAGUGAAAAACAGUCUCCUCAGUCUCUCAGACACCUAAGAAAAGCAUUUUUUUUCCACCUAGAGAUGCUUAGGUUUAUGUGAAAUUUUUUCAARACUUUGGCAAUUUGUGAAUGUUUCCAAAAUGUAUGCAAUUGGUUUAAGAAAAUUAAAUAUUCUAACUUGAAACUAACAUGGGAAAAUC